AUGUUCUUCUCGGGUGUAGUGCUCGCUUCCUUGGCCCUGUGGGGCAAGGCUGUUGAUGCUGCUUUUGGACUCACUACUAAUACUGCUUCCUACGUGGUUGACGCUGGAUCUACUAACCCGCUCAAGUUCACGGUCAACCGGGCCAACUGCGAUAUCACCUCGAUCAACUAUUAUGGAUCUGAACUGCAGUAUCAAUCAACAGGCUCGCACAUUGGUUCAGGAUUGGGGAGUGCCACUGUCACUGCGACGCAGAGCGGCGAUUAUAUCAAAAUCACCUGUGAGACAGACACUUUGACUCACUACUACGUCGCCCACGGCGGGGAUCCUAUUAUCUAUAUGGCGACGUACACUACUGCCGAACCCUCGGUUGGAGAACUUCGAUACAUCGCCCGCCUCAACGCAGACCUUCUCCCGAAUGAAGAACCAUUCGGAGUAGUUUCCAACAUCGAUGGUGGUACCGCUAUUGAAGGAUCGGACGUGUUCUUGGUUGGCGACGAAACCCGCAGCAAGUUCUAUUCGAGCCAGCGAUUUAUCGACGACCAGAGACACUGUGUUUCUGGAUCUGCUCAUCGGGUGUGCAUGAUUCUCAACCAAUAUGAAACAUCCGCUGGAGGCCCAUUCCACCGGGACAUCAACACAAACAACGUCGGCAGCUACACCGGUCUGUACUGGUACAUGAACUCGGGCCAUGUCCAGACGGAGUCAUACCGCCAGGGCCUGCACGGUCCGUACCUGAUGUACUUCAGUCGCAGCGGUACACCCAGCACAGACAUCGACACCUCAUUCUUUGCCGACCUCAGUAUCACGGGUUACGUUCCCACUUCUGGACGAGGAUAUGUCUCCGGUACAGCCUCGGGGGCUGAUUCCUCCUUUGACUGGGUUAUUCACUGGUACAACACUGCCGCUCAGUAUUGGACCUAUACUUCCUCAAGCGGGAGCUUUACCUCCCCAGCCAUGAAGCCCGGCACGUACACCAUGAUCUACUACCAGGGCGAAUACCCCGUAGCCACAUCAUCGGUGACAGUCACCGCAGGCUCAACAACCAGCAAGAGCAUCUCCGGCUCCGUGACAACCGGAACCACCCUCUUCAAGAUCGGAGAAUGGGACGGACAACCAACAAACUUCCUCAACGCCGACCUCCAACUCCGCAUGCACCCCUCCGACGCCCGCAUGUCCUCCUGGAGCCCCGGAACCUACACAGUCGGCAGCUCAUCAGAAGGUUCCUUCCCAAUGGCAAUCUUCAAAGCCGUCAACUCCCCCAUCACAAUCAAAUUCACAGCCACGUCCUCGCAGACCGGCGCUGCGACGCUGAGGAUUGGCACGACGCUCUCCUUCGCAGGCGGCCGGCCCCAGGUAACAGUGAAUAGCUACACGGGCUCUGCACCGUCUGCGCCGACGAAUCUUAACUCGCGGGGUGUGACGCGUGGUGCCUAUCGCGGGCUGGGGAAUGUUUACGACGUUGCUAUUCCGAGUGGAACGAUUGUUGCGGGGACGAACACGAUUACUAUCUCUGUGAUUUCGGGAAGUUCGGGUGACGAAUUCCUCAGUCCUAACUUUGAGUAUGGUAAUGUUGUGCUGACAUGGAACGAAAAUAUCCAGAUCUUUGACUGCGUCGAGCUGUUCCGGUAG